GAAAUACGUCGUCAUGUCUAACUCUGCCCAGAUGAUUGUGCCGUAUCAGUGGAUCUUGAAUGUUGUCGAUGAAGAACCGAAAACAAUUGCGUCGAAAAUGAUUCUGUUUCGUGGUGAACGAGUAUUCCGUGUUGGUUUGAAGAACUGCACCCCAUCGCCAAUUUUAUUGUUUUUGGCUGCUGAUCUCAACAAAAUCGGAAUGAGAGUGGAGGACGUCAUGUACGGAGUCGAAGAUGCCGACACCUGUCCAGCAACGAUGACACAAAUGAACAGAGAAGAUAAAAUUGGCAUUGACGGAAGUCUUCAGUUAUUCACGAUCAAGCUUGACAAAAUGGUCACUGGGCAACGAACAUUUGUGUUUCGAAUUUGCAUCAAAGGAAACGUUCCCGAAUAUUCUUAUCGUCUGUCUGAUCGUCUUGGCAAGGAUCAAUUAUGGGCAGCCAAGGAAAAUCCAAAUUUGGCCGACGUUGAAUUCAUCGUGAAAGGCGAGACAUUAUUGGCGAACAAAUCCAUUUUGGCAGCGCGCAGUCCCGUGUUUGCGGCCGAAUUCACGAACGAACAACCGGUGAGAGAAGGACGUCAUCAGAUUCGAAUCGAUGGAGUGGAACCUUCAACUGUGGAGCACUUUCUUCACUUUAUCUACAUGGGUGAACCAAUGUCAUCGCUAGCAAAUCAACAUCUGCUCAAGUUGGCUGUUCAAUAUCAGAUAACAACUCUAAUCAGUUUGUGCCAAGUCGCACUAAAGAAAAUAGAGGCAAAACAAAUAGCCGACUUCCUGAUUUGUUCUAAUACAAAACUUGAAAUACCCCCUUCUUCCCAAAUCAAGCCGGAAAAAGACACGGAAAUCUUUUUUGAUCUAACGACGACGACUUUUAGGUGCCAUUUUCAGUUUUUUGGAAAUGAACUGUUGGAAUGGGAUGGAAAAUCCAAAUGUGUGAUGCGAUAUCAAAAUGAAGACAUUUUUGUCGCUUCCAUUACUAAAUCCGAGUAUCAACAUGUUUAUAACUAUGAGACCUAUACUAAACCUGUGAUUCAUUUUACAUGCAAUAAGCAUCACAGCUUCGGCUUAAAAGUUGAGGAUAUUUAUUGCAGCCUGGACACAAACAAACCGUGGUUCAAAAUGGAAUCGAAAAAGUUACAGCAAAGCAACGAAGAAUUACUUAUACGCUUCACCGUCCAACUGGAACAAGAAAUCAGAUGCAAUAUAAAUUGCACCUAUCAACUCAACUUCGACAUCAAAACGGUCUGUACGAUCGGCAAUUAUUAUUACGAGAUGAUGGAAGACGAUUGGUUGAAGGAUUUAUGGCUAGCCGCAACAGAGCAAAAGUUGACGGAUGUCGACAUAUUUGUCGGAACUGUUAAAGUGAUGGAAGCCCAUCGGAUUAUCCUAUCCGCUCGCAGUCCUGUUUUGAAUAUCGUGUUGAACAAGGCCAGCAAUGACGCAACGAAAUCUAUCGUUACAUUUGGGGUGGAAUUCGAUUUCGAUACUGUGAAACUUUUCUUGGAAUUCCUGUACACUGGUUCGUUGGAGAACUCCGCCAGCAAGGACACCGACUACAAGCAGCUUCUCGAGUUAGCCACAAUGUACGAAGUGGAAACAUUGAAGAAUUGUUGUCAAGUGGCCAGCGCUGUCCCUCCGGAUGUUGAAGAUCUCACUAGCUCUCUGCUGGAACUCUAAUUUAAUUGAGUUGUCAGCAUACAUUGUGUGUUAUUUAGGCCUACUUAUUUUAUAUUUAUUGCGUAUCUUUGCCGUGGACCUGAUUGUCCACAACACAGAUUUUUGUCCUUUUAAAUUUUUGGUCUGAUAAUUCUCAUAACACCAAUCCUUAUCUCACAUCUUAUCAUGAAGCUGUUACAAAGCUAAAUUCCAUGUUUUAACUGUUGAUGAGUUGAGGGAACAUUAAUUCAGAUUACGUCUUUGGCUUUCACAACAAUUUGGGAUGUUUAUCUUUUCCUGGACACGUGAACUUAAACAAGCAUCAGCUCAUAUUCCAUUUAUGUCCAUUUUGUCUAAGGUGUACAACAUGACUGAAAGUUGAGCAAUCAUUCUCGUUUAACGACUGCUUUAUAUAUGGCUCGGAUGUAAUACACAGUCUCAUCGCUGACAUUUUCGCACAGGU